AUGGGUGAGGUGAGUGUAUUGCCACGAUCGAUUACUUUAAAUUCUGAACGAAAAGGUGCAGAGGUGGUCGGUAGGGAAGCAUUGCAUCAACCUGCUGGACGACUUCUGUGGUUCAGAGUUUUGAGUGAUGAAGGCUGCAAAACCCAAAAAGAAUUCCCUCUGCCUGCAUUCCCUGAAUUCCUGGACACAUUAACCAGACAAUGUCUCUCUGUUACUGCUAGUUGCCUUACAGGUCUUCUACGUCGAAUUCUUUGCUCUCGCAGCCUUCCUACACACCCAUCUGACCAAAUCACUGAAACAAGUUCAACAGUCUGUGAUAGUAGACACCAAGAACUCGUCAAGUCAAAUGAGAAACUUGAGGCCACUGCUACUACUCCAGGUGUUGUGGCUAGGUUAAUGGGAUUGGAACCUUUGCCAGAAACUAGUUUGGUUGAUAUGAAAGUAAGCGCUAAUUCGAUACCAAGAAGUCGAUCGAUGAAUUCUGUGGAAUUUAGAGGUGAAGGCGAUCAAAUGCAAGGGGAGCAUAGAAGGGCUAAGAGUACAUUGUCGUUUCGCGAGAUGCCAACUUUUCUUGAGGUAGAAAACGAGUACUUAGUUCUUAGCUUUGAGAAUAUUGGAAGUGAGAGUAAAAAAGUUAGAUCUAAAGAAAGAAAAUGGGAUGUGCGUUCUGGAGAAUUGAAGGCGAUAAGAAGAGAAAAAUGUAAAAGGAAGGAAAACAGAAGAGAGAAAGUAGUAGAAUUAGAUAAGAGAGAAAGUGAAGAGAAAAUCAGCAAGAUGGUUUUGAGAGUUUUAAAUGAGGCAGGGUUGAGUAACAGAAUAUUAGAAGAUAAUAAUCUUGCACAAGAAGUUGUCUGUGGCGGCAAAAUUGACGAUUCACCUGGUCCCAUGAAUCUAAAGGACUGUGAAAAUCUUUCCUUAGAAGAUGCCAAGAGAUCCAAUUGGUUCUACCACAAGGAAGUCUCUGAUACUGGAGCAGAAUCAAGGAAGAGAAACCAGAAAACAAAAGGUUGUGCAUUUAAAAAUGAGGAAGCAGAGUUCAACUCACAAGAUUCCAGCCCUGUUUCUGUUCUUGAUUUUGAUCAAUUCACCGUUGAUCCAGAAAUUACUACAUCAGAGGAAGAUACAAAGUCAGGGGAGUCUAAUUCGAGAAGGAAAUUAUCCCCACAACUUGACAAUCAAAGUCACAAGCACUUAUCACAACGUAGUGAUGGUAACUUGAUCUUCGAUGAUCGAAAUUCGAAGAAAACUGAAGAACCUUGUCCAGGAUCAAGGAAGAAAGUUUGCCAUAAUCAUGACUACUUGAGCAUGUGGGGUGAAGUCGGCAAGCUGACUGAAACUCAAGUGGUCGAGACAAAUUGGAAUAUUGCACACAAAAAUAUAUGUAAAAUCGAAGAAGACUUUGAAGAAAUCAGUGCAGAUUUUGGGUUGCAAAUUUUGGAUCAGUUGUUACAGGAGCUUGUAGAUCAACUUGCUUGA